AUGGAGGCCCCCAGGAAGAAGAUCGCCGUCAUGACCUCGGGCGGUGACUCCCCGGGCAUGAACGCCGUCGUCCGCGCCGUCGUCCGCACCGCCAUCCACAUGGGCUGCGAUGCGUUUUGUAUCUACGAAGGCUACGAGGGACUUGUCAAGGGCGGUGACCUUAUCCGCCAGAUGGGCUGGUCGGAGGUCCGCGGCUACCUCUCCGAGGGUGGCACGCUGAUCGGCACCGCCCGGUGCAUGGAGUUUUACGAGCGGCCCGGCCGCGUCAGGGCAGCCAAAAACAUGGUGCUCAACGGCAUCGACGCCCUCAUCAUCUGCGGAGGUGACGGCUCCCUGACCGGCGCCGACAGGUUCCGCAGCGAGUGGCCGUCGCUCCUCGAGGAGCUCGUCUCGACAGGGCAGCUGACCGCUAGCCAAGUCAAGCCCUACAAACACCUCAACAUUGUCGGCCUCGUUGGCUCCAUUGACAACGACCUGUCUGGCACCGACGCCACCAUUGGCUGCUACUCGGCACUCUCCCGCAUCUGCGAGAUGGUCGACUACAUCGAGGCCACCGCCGCCUCCCAUUCGCGCGCCUUUGUCAUCGAGGUCAUGGGCCGCCACUGCGGCUGGCUGGCGCUGCUCGCCGGCGUUGCCACCGGCGCCGAUUUCGUCUUCAUUCCGGAGAGACCCGUCAGCGAGUGCUGGCACGAGGAGAUGUGUGCUGUCGUCAAGCGGCACCGUGCCUUUGGCAAACGCAAGACCAUCGUCAUCGUCGCUGAGGGCGCCAACGACAAGGACGGCAACAAGAUCACACCCGAGCAGAUCAAGAACUUGCUGGCCGACAAGUCAGAGGGCGGGCUCGCCCUCGACACGCGCAUCACCACCCUGGGCCACGUGCAGCGCGGUGGCACGGCCGUCGCGUACGACCGCAUGCUUGGCACGCUGCAGGGCGUCGAGGCGGUCAAGGCCGUUCUCGAGGCCACGCCCGAAACGGAAACGUGCUUCAUCGCCAUCAACGAGAACAAGAUUGUUCGCAAGCCGCUCAUGAAGGCGGUUGAGGAAACCAAGUCGGUCGCCAAGGCCGUGGAAGAAAAGCAGUUCGAUAAGGCCAUGUCUCUCCGCGACACCGAGUUCUCUGACCAGUACAAGUCUUACCUCACCACGACCAACGUUAAGACCGACGAACACAAGCUCCCCGAGAAGGAGCGUAUGAGGAUUGGCUUUAUCAAUGUCGGAGCGCCUGCCGGAGGCAUGAAUGCGGCGGUCCGUGCGGCCGUAGCCUACUGCUUCUCUCGUGGGCACACACCCAUCGGUAUUUACAACGGAUUUGCUGGGUUUGCGCGCCAUCACGGCGAUAAGCCCGUCGGCGCUGUCCGGGAAUUUGACUGGCUUGAAGUUGAUGGUUGGGCUAGCAAGGGUGGCUCCGAGAUUGGCACAAACAGAGAGCUGCCCUCAGAGUCUGGCAUGGAGCACAUUGCCAAUCUGAUUGCCAAGUACGAGUUUGACGCUCUAUUUAUGGUCGGUGGAUUUGAAGCUUUCCAUGCGUUGUCGCAGCUGCGUAUUGCUCGGGAAACAUUCCCCUCGCUCCGUAUUCCCAUGGUUUUGCUGCCUGCAACCAUCUCGAACAACGUUCCGGGUACUGAAUACUCUCUCGGAUCCGAUACAUGUCUGAAUGAACUCGUCCAGUACUGCGACAAGAUUAAGCAAUCGGCUUCUGCCACCCGUCGCCGCGUCUUUGUUAUCGAAACGCAGGGUGGUCGGUCCGGCUACAUUGCUACGCUGGCUGGCCUGGCUGUCGGUGCAUCAGCAGUCUACAUCCCGGAAGAGGGCAUCAGCCUUGACAUGCUCAACACCGACGUCACACAUCUCAAAAAGGUCUUUGCCGAGGACACGGGCCAGUCUCGCGCGGGUCGUCUAAUCCUCAUCAACGAAAAAGCCAGCAGUGUUUACGACGCCAAGUUAAUCGCCAGAAUCAUCCGCGACGAGGCCCAUGGGCGCUUCGAGAGCCGCGAGAGCAUCCCCGGCCACGUGCAGCAGGGCGGAGUGCCGUCGCCCAUGGACCGGUGCCGCGCGGUGCGUCACGCCAUCAAGUGCAUGGAGCACCUGCAGGGCUACGGCAGGAGGACAGCGACGACGGGAGGCAGCACGGAUCCGCUGAGCGCCUCUGUUAUCGGCAUCAAGGGCUCAGAGCUGGUGUUUACGCCGGUGCAGGAGCUGGAGCAGGACGAGACGGACUGGCCCAACCGCCGUCCGAAGCUGUCCGAGUGGCUCAAGAUGCGCGACAUUGUGGACGUCCUCGGUGGGCGCCCGCAGCACGCCAGGCCAGAGUCGAAUCUGAAGGGCUUGUUGGCGAAGGAUGUCAAGCGUGGGCUGGCAUAG